AUGCUUAAUAACAGAUCGCAAGGGAAUUUUCCUAGCAAUAUUGUGGUAAAUCCUAAGGAGAAUUGUCAGGCAAUUUCGUUGAGAAGUGGUAAGCAAGUGGAGCAGCCCAGUAUACAACAGUCAGCAGUCCGUAAUAAGGAGUUGGGUGAGAAAUUUGAUACAAAUGAGAAAGGGGUUACUGAAGGCCAUAAGAGACCAGAGAAGAGUUAUCCAGUUGUUGUUGACCAGCCAUUUCAUGUUCCAUAUCCUCAGAGGCAUAGAAAAACUUCACUAGAUAAACAGUUUUCUAAGUUUCUAGAGGUAUUCACAAAGUUUCACAUCAAUAUUCCUUUUGCUGAGGCCUUAGAGCAGAUGCCUAGCUAUGUGAGAUUCAUGAAGGAGAUUCUAUCCAAGAAAAGGAAGAUGGAAGAUUAUGAGAUGGUGGCACUCACUGAAGAGUGCAGUGCAAUAUUGCAGAGAAAGUUUCCCCAAAAUUUGAGAGAUCCGGGGAGCUUUACUAUACCGUGUACAAUCGAGAAGUUUGAAUGUAAGCAUGCUUUGUGUGAUUUGGGGUUGAGUAUAAAUCUGAUGCCUUUGUCUGUAUUCAGAAGACUUGGUUUGGGGGAGGCUAGUCCUACAACAGUUAUAUUACAACUAGCAGAUCGUUCAGUUAAACACCCAAGAGGAAUCAUAGAGGAUGUCCUUGUUAAAGUGGACAAAUUCAUUUUUUCGGCAGAUUUCAUAGCAUUGGAUAUGGAAGAAGAUGAAAAUGUCCCAAUCAUUCUGGGAAGGCCAUUUUUAGCUACUAGGCAGGCUUUAAUUGAUGUUCAAAAGGGUGAACUGACACUUCGAGUCUAG